UGCAGCAACCCUUUACAAAUUCUGAAGCUGUGAGAAUGUGCAUGGCCGGCUCUGAUGCCCCAUUGAGCAGUCACAUCAGAUAUGGACCUAAACCUCCUUAUGCAGUGGGAAAACCCAGGGAAAGGCCUUAUUCAGCUCCAACAAGGCGCAUUACAAAUGGUAAUUUUUCUGAUCCAUGGAGGGGGCCAAGUUAUCAAGAACCACGAGUGACCAUGCCCAGAAGUUAUCACAAAGUAACCAUUAGACCAACUGAAGACAGACAAACACCCUACUUGUCAAAAAGACUAGAAUCGGUCUACAGUCAUAACCAUGACAUCAGGUCCAGUAUGCCCCUCCCCCCGUAUCACUCCAUGAAUGACCCUCACCUUUACGAGUACUUUGAAAGAAGAUUUGGACAGAUACAAAUGAUUCAUAGAAGGAAACGCCCACACUCAGCACAUUCUAGUGCUUCCUCAACAAUUAGAAGUAAGAAGAAACACGAGGAUGAUGUACUGUAUAAAGUAGCCGUUAUAACCGCAGAUAAACACAAUGCUGGCACAGAUGCUAAGGUUUUCCUGACAGUGAAGGGUCUAAGAGGUAAAAUUCCAAAAACCAGACUAACUAAAAAAGCUGGAUCAGUCAAAAAGAAUAGCAAAGUAGCCUUCCGAUUUGCCAAAGGCAGCACUCAUCUGUUUAAGAUCCGUGGUCCUGAAAUUGGAGACAUCAAAUCAAUAGUUAUUGAGACUGAUGGCAUACAGAAAGAGCAAGCGUGGUUCCUACAGGAAGUAGAAAUCACCAAUGUUAAGAGGAAGAAAAGCUGGACAUUCGUCUGUAAUAAUUGGCUGUCUUUGCAUCAUGUGGACCAGCAGACUUCAAGGGAGUUAUUCCCAAAUAUAUCUUCUAAAACAGACUAUGAGAUUGUAACAGUGACAGGAGAUAAGAAUGGAGCAGCAACAAGUGCCAAUGUGUAUAUCACCAUUGAAGGUCGUUCAGGGGUCACUCCCAAAAUUCACCUCAAAGAUUUCACUAGGACCAACUUUAGGCAAAAUUCCAGUGACACUUUUAAAGUUAGAGCUAACUGUGUGGGCCCUAUGAAGAAAAUAAAAAUUGAGCAUGACAACACAGGACUGGGGCCUGGCUGGUACUUAGAGAGGGUUGUGAUAACAGAUUUAAACCAUACCAAAUGGAAGUAUUACUUCCCUUGUGGUAUGUGGCUGGCCAGAGAUGAGGGGGAUGGAGCCAUUUCUAGAUACCUCAUUGGUAGCAAGGAUCCAUUUGCUAUCAGAAAAGACAGCAAAUACAAAGUAACGGUGUACACUGGUGAUAAGAAGGGGGCGGGUACUGACGCCAAUGUCAUCAUCAAUAUUUUUGGAGAAAAUGGGGAGUCAGGAGAGGUCAAACUGGACAAUUCCAAAAACAAUUUUGAAAGAAACUGCAAAGAUGAGUUUACAGUGAAGUGUCCAUGUUUAGGUCGUAUUACAAGGAUACGUAUCGGACACGACAACACAGGCUUUGGUCCUGGCUGGUACUUGGAUAAGGUGAUUGUGGAUGACUGCGACAACAUGAUUGUGUAUGAAUUCCCCUGCGGCCGAUGGUUUGCUGAUGAUGAAGAUGAUGGUGCUUUAUUCCGAGACCUCAUUCCAGGAGUUGGAGCCACAAGCUCUUAUGGGGGGGUACCCUAUGUAAUCACUGUCUCUACUGGUGAUAAGAAGAACGCUGGUACCAACGCUAGGGUCUUCAUCAUAAUGAAAGGGGGACUAAACAAAGAAUCUAGUGGGAAAAUCUGGCUGGAUAAUGGAAGUUUUGAGAGAGACAGGUCGGAAAUCUUUAACAUUAACCUCCAGGCUUUGUUGAGCCCUGUUCAGAGUUUGGAGGUGGGUCAUGAUAAUAGUGGAGUGGGGGCAGGGUGGUAUCUGGAACAAAUUAUUGUGUACUGUCCCACGACUGGCAUAGAACAGGUCUUCCCAUGUAAACAAUGGCUGGCCAUCGACAGUGAGGAUGGACAGAUUCAGAGGACCUUGUUUGAACAGAAGGCAAUGAGACAGAAGAAAGAAAAAAGAGUCCAUUGGCACUUGUGGGUUAAAACCAGUGAUGAGAGUUUGUCUGGCACGGAUGCUCACGUGUUCCUCUGUCUCUACGGUACAAAGGGUAAAACAGACGAGGUUGAACUGGACAACAAGAGUGAUGUGUUUGAGCAGGGCAACACUGACGAGUUUGACAUACAUGUAUCAGAUGUGGGUAAACCGUAUAAGCUGCGUGUAUUUCAUGAUGACACAAGUAUGAUGUCAGGAUGGAAAUUAGACCAGAUUGAGAUGGAAAAUAUAGCCAGCAAAGAGAGAUACAUAUUUAAGUGUGGGAAGUGGCUAGCUGUGGAUGAAGGAGAUCAUUCCACGGUCAGGGAGAUGCCUGCUGAAGGACCCCUCAUCAAAAAACCCUUAGCAUUGGUUAAGUACACACUUGAGGUUUACACUGGGAAGAAGUCGCGGGCGGGAACAGAUGCCAAUGUGUUUAUCUGUAUUUUUGGGGAACUUGGAGACACUGGUAGACGAUGGCUGACACAUUCCUCUACCAACAUUAACAAGUUUGAGAAAGGACAGUGUGAUAUAUUUGAAAUCGAGGCUGUGACCUUGGAGAAAAUAAAGAAAAUAGAAGUAGGGCAUGAUGGUAAAGGUUUAGGAGCAGGCUGGUACCUUGAAAAAGUCGUCAUCAAGCGUCCAGACAAACCAAAAUAUGAUGUCAGCAUCGACUGUAGUUCAUGGCUGGCAUCAGAUGAGGAAUCAGGGCAUAUCGUGAAGGAGUUCUUAGUGUCAGGGUCCCAGUUAUUGGGAAAGACCACUUACAAUGUGUAUGUGAAGACGGGAGACGUGGCACAGGCAGGAACGGAUGCUAAUGUCUAUCUCAAAAUAUUUGGAGAAAAGGGAGACACAGGAACUUUGAAGCUGGAAAAUGCUGAAUCUACCUCAAACAAGUUUGAGAGAAAUCGAACUGAUCACUUCAUUCUUAAUGCUGAAGAUAUUGGAAAGAUCAAGAGAAUCAGAGUUGGACAUGAUGGAGCCAAUUUUGGCUCAGGUUGGUUUUUAGAUGAGGUUCGCAUUGACAUUCCCUCCCACGGACAGCAGUAUGUGUUCGCGUGUCACCGGUGGCUAGACAAAAAUGAAGGAGAUGGAGAGAUUGAAGUAGAACUUGAACCAUCAUUUAAAGAGGAUAGAGAGAAGAGAAUUCCUUAUGAAGUUACCGUUUGGACCAGUGAUAUCUCUAAAGCUGGAACUGAUGCCAAUGUUUUCCUACAGAUGUAUGGAACAGAGGGGAAAACUGACGAGAUUGUGCUCAAUAAUAGAUCUGAUAAUUUUGAACGUGGAAUGAAAGAGAAGUUUAAGAUUGAGCAAAAGGACAUUGGGGACCUGCUGAAGAUUAGAAUUGGACAUGAUGGUAAAGGAUUUGGAGCUGGUUGGCACUUGGAAAAGUUGCUGAUCCAAAGAAAGCCAAAAGCAGGAACCAAAAAGAGAUCAAAAUCGAGCAAGUCUUCUGGAGCCAAUGCUGCAUAUGAGAGAAGACAGUCACUGAUUCAGCAGAAUGAGGAUCAGGAUUCUGACAGUAGUUCCUCCUCCUCCCCCACCCCCAGGCGCAAGAGAAGCCUCAGGAAAAAGCCUGAUCUGAAGACAGUAGAAGAAGAAGAGGAAGUUUAUGAUGGAGAGGAGACGAUUGAUUAUUGGUUCUACAUCAACAAGUGGUUCGCAACUGAUGAGGAUGACAAACAGAUUGUCAGGGAAUUUGUCCCCACUGACAAAGAUGGAAGACCUCUUAAAAAAGCCCUUGAUGAUGUAGAAUAUAUAGUGAGAGUGUACACUGGUAAAGUCAGCGGGGCUGGUACGGAUGCUAACGUAUUUGUGACACUGUUUGGCAGCUAUAAAGAUAAUCCUAUUGACUCCGGGGAAAGACAGCUCAAAAACAGCAGCACAAAUAUCAACAAGUUUGAAUCUGGACAGGAGGAUAUUUUCACGAUAAAGGCUGUGGAACUUGGAGCGUUGACCAAGUGUCGUAUCCGUCAUGACAACUCGGGUCUGGUGGGGGCCGCGUGGUUCUUAGACAGAGUAGAGGUAGAGGAUACCAAAAACAAGAAAACGUACUACUUCCUGUGUCAGCGCUGGCUAGCAACAAACAAAGAUGAUGGACAGAUAUGUCGAGAGCUGGUCCCUGUAGACAAGUCAGUACUGAAGAAACUGGAGCGGCAAGAUUCUGCCAGAAUGGAGGUCGCUCUGGAAACUAAAGCUGCCUUGACUACCUACCAUGUUCAUGUGAUUACUGGAAAAGAGUUUGGAUCUGGUACAAAUGCCAAUGUAUUCGUCAAGCUUUAUGGUGACAAAGAUCAAACAGAUAAGAUUCCCUUGAAGUCUUCUCUGACAUAUUCUGACAAGUUUGAGGCAGGACAUGAUGAUGAGUUUGUAUUAGAAGUUGUCAACAUAGGAGAACUUCAGAAAAUUAUUAUUAGCCAUGAUGACUCUGGAUUCCGCUCGGAUUGGUUCUUGGAGAAGGUCAUCAUUGAUUGUCCAUCUCUAGGAAAAUCCUGGACAUUUCCCUGUAACAGAUGGCUGGCUAAAGGAAAAGAUGACGGGAAGAUUGAAAGGGAACUCUUUCCUCAGGAUCUGGAAACAGAAGAAUAUAUCCCUUGUAUCCCAUAUGAAAUCAAAACCUUCACCAGUGACAAGUCAGGGGCUGAUACUAGUGCUGAUGUGUAUGUUCAGCUGUUUGGUAAAGACAUGCAGUGUACUCAACAAAAAUCACUGUGUACCAAGCAAGAGAGGGCAGGAAAGUUCAAAAAGGGUCAAGUGGACGUUUUUGUGGUUGAGCUGGAAGAUGUAGGGGAGAUAACUAAGUUACGUAUUGGCCAUGACAAUGCUGGUCUGUUUGCUGGUUGGCAUCUGGAAAAAGUGGAAGUGCGAACACUGAAUGACACUACUGGCAAGGGGUCUAAACUGUAUGUCUUCCCCUGUAACCGAUGGCUUGCUCGAGAUGAAGAUGACAAGGAGAUCGUAAGGGAAUUAGUACCAGAUAAAAUCAUCAAGGAAACAGUGCGCAGGGACGGCGAGGUGGAGAAGAAAGAGGUCAAGGUCAAAAACAAACUAGAAGUGAAGCAUUAUAUAGUAAAUGUCCACACGGGAGAUAAGUUUAGUGCUGGAACAGAUGCCAAUGUCUUCAUUAACAUUUACGGAGAGCUUGGAAACACAGGAGAGAGAAAGCUAGCCAGUUCUGAAACUCACAUGGACAAGUUUGAGAGAAACCAUACUGAUGUAUUCAAGUUGGAGGCCGCAGAUCUAGGAAAAAUCUACAGAGUGAAGAUUUGGCAUGACAAUAAAAACAUCAAUCCAUCGUGGUACCUUGAUUAUGUGGAGGUGAUAGAUACAGCAGACAGAAACAAGUCCUACAUGUUCCAUUGUGAGCGAUGGCUUUCAAAAUCAAAGGAUGAUUGCAAGACAGAGAGGUCACUGUAUGUCAAGGGUUAUGAUGGGGAGAUGGGAUCUAGUACUGGUACAUUAAGGUCCACUAGAUUUGGUGGUUCAGUGGCCAGUUUGGAGUCCAGCAGUGACCUUUUCUCGAAGAGCCCUAGAGUAAAACGAAAGCAGCUGAUGCAGGAGGAAGAAAUGGACAACAUGUCUCGAUUGGAACAAAUCCCAUACAGUGUAAAAAUCUGGACAGGAGAGGGUGAGGACAAUGGUACUGAUGCUAAUGUCUGGAUAGUUAUCUAUGGUACAAAGAAAUUACACACAGGCACACAGUUCCUAGAGUUUGCUCAGAAUGGGGACAAAUUUGAGCCUGGAUCUGUGAAGACCUUUUCAUUUGAUGCUCCAGAUGUGAAUGAAGUCAAGAAAAUUAAACUUGGCCAUGAUGGCACCUCCCCAGGCAGUGGUUGGUUUGUGAAGCAAGUCAGUGUGGACAUGCCUACCAAGGGAAAGAACUUUUUGUUCAGUUGUGGACAAUGGCUGGCAAGAGACAGGAGUGAUGGAAAAACAGAGAGGACAUUUACUUUGGACGAGGGGCUAAGCACAAUUACAUCUUACAGACCAAAGGUUACGUAUGAGUGUACAGUGGUGACGGGGGAUGUAGAGAAUGCAGGAACAGACAUGAAGAUCAUGCUGUCAGCCUCUGGUGACAAAGGAACCACAACUCCAGUAGAACUGGAGAAAGCCUCCGACAGAUUUGAAAGAGCAAGAGAAGACAACCUCAGGCUUGAGUUAGAAGAUGUUGGAUCACUGAAGAAAAUCCGUGUGGAGACAUCAGCCAGCGGAAGUCGACAGAGCUGGUACUUAGAAAGGAUUGACUUGUUCAAUACAGCGACGGGGGUGAAGUACAGAUUUGAGUGUAAUCAGUGGUUUGGUAAGAAGAGUGAUGACAAGAAAUACUGGAGAGAUAUCCCAGCCAUGAAACGAGGCAAAGAGGUUAUCUCCCGAACAACAUAUAAGAUUUCUGUGAAAACUUCCAAUGUUCCUGGAGCUGGGACAGAUGCCAAUGUUUACGUCAUUUUGUUUGGAUCAAAUGGUGACACAGGAGAACUCCAUUUGAAGAAGUCAGAGACUAACAAGAGUCCGUUUGAGAAUGACCAGCUGGAUGUAUUUACAUUUAAUGAAAUGCUUAGUAUAGGAGAGAUGUCCAAGUGUCGUGUUUGGCAUGACAAUAAAGGUUUUGGUGCGGCCUGGCAUUUAGACUUUAUAGAAGUAGAGGACAUGUCUACUCGGAAGAAGUACACAUUCCAUUGUGGAAGAUGGUUAUCUAAAAAGGAAGACGACAAACAGAUAGUCAGGGAACUGACCUGUGCUACACGACCUUUAACCCCAGGGUCACAGGAUGAAACAAUUUAUGAAAUUGAGGUGAAAACUGCUGACAAGGACAAAGCCAGCACAGUACAUAAUGGCUGGCUGAUCAUCAAAGGCAAGAAAGGGGAGACAAAAAUGAAGAUGAAGAACAGUGCACGAGAUAAAAUACUCAGAAGAGGUGACACAAACACCUUCAGCCACAGCUGUAGGAACCUUGGUAAAAUUCAGCAGGUCACAGUUGGGGCGUACGAACGAGAAGACAAACCUUUACAAGACCUGGAAGGGAAAGAUGCAAUGUGGUACUGUUACCAGGUGGCAAUCACUGAUACCAGUACCGGAGACAAGUACCUGUUCCCCUGUAAGGACUGGAUCCAGAUAGGUUCCUCUCCUUUCAAGAGGAGUAUGGGCAAGGAGCUGGAACUGAAAGACAUUGAACAGAGUCAAGUGUCAGUUGUCAGAAGUCUUGCUUCAGUCAAAUACCAGAUAAUAGUGUACACUGGUGAUGUGUUUGGUGCAGGAACAAAUGCAAACGUCUACAUUACAAUAUACGGAGCUAAUGGAGAUUCUGGGAAACGUCCCCUCGAACAAAGCUGGAGAGAUCUGUUUGAGCGCAACCAGAUUGACAAAUUUGAGAUUGAAUGCUUAGACUUGGGUGAAAUUGAGAAAGUGAGAAUCGAACAUGACAACAAGAACUUCCGUCCUGCCUGGUUUUUGGACAAGAUUGAGAUAAUUAAUCUGGGAACUAACGAGAAGAAAACCUUCCCUUGUAAACAAUGGUUAGACAAAGACAAAGGAGAUGGAGCUAUAUCCCGAGAGUUACUGCCUGUUGAUUAAAGAAUCAGUGGUUACUUCCCUUGUAUUUAAUACGCAUCUUACGCAAAUUGUUAUGUAAAUUUUACAUUGAAGCUGAGUGUUUUAAAAUGUUUAAACGUGUUCUACCAUUUUGUCCAGAAAAUUACUAAAGUACACCAACUCAAAUCCUAGCAGUAAUUGAUAUACUAAAAAAAUGAUUCAUGUGACCUGUUGGAGUAAUUUACACAUACAUGUAUGAAUUAUACUCAGGAAAAUCAAAAUGUGAAGUGCUGUAAAUUUUACACCAAGGUUUUUUAAAAGCAUAUUUUCUCUUUUUUCGUACAAGAAUGUAACAGGUAGAAAUUUAUGUCCUACAACAGAAAUUCAUAUUUUUUUUUUUUACUCCUGGGAAUUUGUAGUAUGCCUAAGUAGGACUAGUUAAACAAGCUUAUAGCGAUCACACUUAUAAUGGACGCUUACAGCAGUGUGAUUUUCAUUCCCUGUGAUUUAAAAAUAUAUUGGAAACUUAACAUAUAUAACGAAAUACUCUUAUAACAAAGCAAAAUUGUCCGUCCCUGGCACUUCAUUAUAAGCGUGUUUUACUGUAUUUAUUUAGAGAGUAUCUCUUACAGUUGUUUGUCCACAUAAUUCCAUCCACAAGGUAAACCGUUUUUAUGACAUUUUUAUCUAAGCAUAUUCCUUUUUAUGCUCCUACCCACUUGAAAUUUAUUCCAUCUGUGAUAUUUUUGUACUAUAUAUGAUUUUUUAAAUGGAUGUACAUUUUUAGUAUGGACUCUAUGAAAUCCACUUUUUUUUCUCCAUUUUAAUUUGCAUUUCCCUUUAUGAACAAACAUGCUUUUUCUACCAUAAUUCAACAAUGGUUGUUUUUGUGCCUUUAUAUAGAAUAUAUCACCAGUCUUUUUUUUGUCUGGUGUUGAGAAACAUGAACCGGUUUAUACUUAUAAGUUUUACAUGCAGCUCUAAAGCCCUUUUCUAAUAUAUUCUUGUAUAUAUAUGUUGAUGAUUAUGUUUUGUCGGAGCUGAGUUUAUUCCAUCAACCUUACAUUAGUACUUGUUUUAUAUUAGCCUUAAAAUCUUACCUCUUUGACAAAAAUGUUGAGAUGUUUUGUAAAUGAAAAUUCAAAUCAUUACAAAGCAAAUGACAUUCCACUGUGUGUCUUUUGAUUUAAAAUGGCUUGAUGAUUUCUUCCAUGUUUUUUUUUUUUUUAUCUGAUAUGUACUGCUGCAUGAUUUACAAGUUUUAUUUCAGGAGUGUUAUUCCAAGCAUUAGAACUGUCCAAUGAAGAUGUGUUUGUGUGUGAUUCUUUUGUAACUUACUUCUUGUAGACUUAAACAAAAGCUAAUUAGUAUAUAGAAUCCUCAUAUUUAAUAUUUAUAUUCUAGUCAUUCUGUCUAAUUUAUUAGUCACUAAUAGACAUUAAUGUUGAAUUUAUCAUACUUAUGUAAAAUAAUGAACAGGACAUUUGUUCUUGUUAUACAUGUAUGUUGAAAUAAUUUUAAAAUAUUUUAUUAUGUAUGUUACCAUGAUUACUUACUUAUUUUUUGUUACAUUUAGUGAAUAUACGUGAAUCUAGAUGUAGGGUCAUGGUAUAGAAUUUGUACAGUGUAUAUUUUAUGAAUUAACAUUAAUUUAACACCAAAAGAUGAUAUUAAUUAAGCCAGAAAAUCUCGAUCAUGUGUACAUGUAGUGCCAUUUCUGCUUCAGGAACAAGAAUCCUUUGUGUUUUUAUCUAUAGUAUGUCAGACAUCAAAAGAAUAAAUCGAGAACCAUACUGUUAUAA